AUUCCUGACCGUGCUUCACUAUGGCUUUUAUUGCCUACUUUUUGACUAGAGUCGAUGUGUUAAUAUAUUUUGCAAUUUGUGUUGCACUGUUCAUCUACUGGAGGAAUGGAUCUAAGAAGAGCACUCCAAACAUGCCUCCCGGACCUACCCCUCUCCCUUUCAUUGGUAACAUUAACCUGUUGGACCUCAAUCGGCUACACAACUCAUUGAUGGAGCUGUCUGAGAAAUAUGGGGAAAUCUAUACUCUGCAUGUAGGAAACAGAAAAUUAGUGGUACUUUCUGGAUAUAAGACUGUGAAGGAAGCACUUGUCACCCGAGCUGAAGAUUUUGGAGAAAGAGCAAAUACUCCAAUAUUUGACUUAGCCUCAAACAAACAUGGUGUAAUAUUUUCCAAUGGAGAACUAUGGAAAUCUAUGAGGAGGUUCACAUUAUCAACACUUCGAGACUUUGGAAUGGGGAAGAAAUCCGUAGAAGCCAAAAUACAAGAUGAAGUAAUUGCCCUUACAGAAAGCUUUAAAUCUCUUAAUGGCAAACCAUUCAAUCCACACCUGUUAGUAAACAGUGCAGUAUCCAAUGUAAUCUGCUCGAUUAUCUUUGGGAACAGGUUUGAGUAUGAUGACCCAACAUUUGGAAAAUUAAUCAGAUUAUUAGAUGAAAAUGCCAAACUGUUGGGUACACGCAAAAUGGUGCUUUAUAAUUAUUAUCCCUUCAUUGGAUCACUUCUGGGCCUGCACAACAAAGUAAUGCAGAACAUACAAAAUCUAAAAGAUUUUAUUCUAAACUUUGUAAAGAAACGAAGAGUAGAGUUCAGUGCCAAUGACAUCACCGGAUACAUCGAUGCAUAUCUUAUGAAACAGGAACAGGAGUCAACAAAAUCUGAGACAUAUUUUGAUGAGGAGAAUUUGAUUUCUGCAGUCCUGGAUCUUUUCGCCGCUGGUACUGAAACUACAUCUACAACGAUCCGCUGGGGAAUUUUGUUGAUGAUGAAGUACCCGGAGAUUCAAAAGAGGGUACAGGAUGAAAUUAAAACACAUCUUAAACCAGGACAGUUGCCGACAGUAGAAGAUAGAAAGAAAAUGCCUUAUACUGAUGCAGUGAUACAUGAACUACAAAGGUUUGGCAAUAUUGUUCCACUGAACCUGCCACACACGACUCCAAAAGAUGUCUAUUUUCGGGGUUACUGUAUCCCAAAAGGUACAGAGGUUAUUCCAUUGCUGACAUCAGUUCUGUAUGACAAGACUCAAUGGGAAACUCCAUAUCAGUUUAAUCCUAAUCACUUUUUGGAUAAAGAUGGAAAAUUUGUCCGAAAUGAUGCAUUUAUGCCUUUCUCAGCAGGAAGAAGAGCUUGUGCUGGGGAAAGCUUAGCCAAGAUGGAACUUUUCCUGUUCUUCACUGCACUUCUUCAGGCGUUUACUUUCUAUCCACCACCAGGAGUUUCCAGAGAAGAUUUGAACCUCGUUCCCGGCAUUGGAUUCACAUUGGUCCCCACACCAUACAAGACUUGUGCCAAGCUAAACUAUUAGUGCAUGCAGAACAAGCAAGACAACACAAAAGAUAAUGCUGCUGUUGAUUAUAUUUUUCAAUCAGAUUUUAUGUAGUAGUUUUUUUAUGUCAUUUUCACAUAUUUUAGGGUUAAACAGGUAUGUUAUUCAACCAAACAAUGCACGACUGUAUAAUCAUAGUGCUGAUUACCCAACAAAUGUUUGGUCUUUUAUUGAGGGAUCAACUCUUGUUCGUGGUAAUAAAAAUGUAUAAACAGCGUAUGUGCUGCAAGCAAACUGAACCUGUAUGGGAUCGAACAAUGGUAUUUCCCAUUGUUUUUUCUCAUACUAACCAGACACCAGUUAUCCUAAUGUACCUUAAUCGGAAGUUGUUGUUUAGUUUCAGUGGCAUUGAUAGCUUUGCUAAAAUGUAUCUCCAACC